AUGUUCAUAAAUGAAGCUGGUUUUUAUGAACUUGUGUUUAGUUCCAAAUUAGAGUUUGCUAAAAGAUUCCGUCAAUGGGUAUGUACUACAGUCCUCCCAUCUAUUCGUAAAUAUGGCCAAUACAAACUAUUUGAUAGUCCCUGGAAUAAGAUGAUCAUGAUUGGCAAUGAGACUGACCUCCAUUAUAAAGUAGUGAGCCUCAUAAGGAAAUAUUAUCCAGAUUCUAUAUUAGUAGCAGGACUGGGUGACAAUCAGGAUAUUGAUGACAAACGCCUCGAUUCGUAUAAGAAAGGAUAUAUGGGAGGACAGCCUGAUCUAAUGGUACUCGAUUAUCACAAAGAUUAUAAAGGCCUCUGUAUUGAAUUCAAAUCACCGACC